ACAAGUGCCGCCUACUGGGACUGCCCUAUUUUUCCGCCGUCCCUAACGGUAGUCCUGGACGGUGAACCGUCUCCGCUGUACUCAAGUCCACGCAGGGCUGAGGGAUAACAGGCCAGAGCCGAGCCAGAUCCAGAAAACUGGUAAAGGCCUCUGAACUGAACAGGUACUAGACGUGGGGGACGGGGGAGGAGGGGUGAAGGGAAGAGGAGGAUCGAUUUGCGAGGUCGAGAAAUGGAAGCCAGAUCGGGUUGGAGAUGGGGUGUUGAGUAAAAACACGAGACUGACGGGCGCCAGAGACCCUGUAAGAGCAAGGUUCGGACAAGUGACCAUGGCUUCAAAGAGCUGGGUGGGGAAAGUUCCAGCAGUGCCUCAAUAUGCCUUACAGAACUGGAGCAAUGGCAGCUCCAGGGACACGGCCUCCCUCGGCCCCAGAGACGGCUGGUGCAGACUCAGGGGGAGGGAGUGGGGAGCCCAGACAGCUGCCUGAGCUGAUCCGCCUGAAGCGAGAUGGAGGGCAUCUGAGCGAAGCAGAUAUCAGAAACUUCGUGCAUGCGGUGAUGGAUGGAAGAGCACAGGACACACAAAUUGGCGCCAUGCUGAUGGCCAUUCGGCUGCAGGGCAUGGACCAAGAGGAGACAUCUGUGUUGACUCGGGCCCUCGCAGAGUCUGGGCAGCAACUGGAGUGGCCCAAGGCCUGGCACCAGCAGCUUGUGGACAAACACUCCACAGGAGGCGUAGGUGACAAGGUUAGCCUGGUUCUGGCACCUGCCCUAGCUGCAUGCGGCUGUAAGGUGCCAAUGAUCAGCGGCCGAAGUUUGGGACACACAGGGGGCACAUUGGAUAAGCUGGAAUCUAUCCCUGGGUUCAAUGUCACCCAGAGCCCAGAGCAGAUGCGACGAAUACUUGAGGAAGUCGGCUGCUGCAUUGUUGGCCAGAGUGUAAAGCUGGCCCCUGCUGACGGAAUCCUGUAUGCUGCACGAGAUGUCACAGCUACUGUGGACAGUGUGCCACUCAUUACAGCUUCAAUCCUCAGUAAGAAGGCCGUGGAGGGGCUGUCCACUCUGGUGGUAGAUGUUAAGUUUGGGGGGGCCGCAGUCUUCCCAGACCAGGAGAAGGCCCGAGAACUGGCAAAGACGUUGGUAAGGGUGGGAAUGGGUCUGGGGCUGCAAGUCGCCGCAGCUCUGACCGCCAUGGAUAACCCUCUGGGCCGCAACGUGGGCCAUACCCUGGAAGUGGAAGAAGCGUUGCUUUGCCUGGAUGGCGCGGGGCCGCCGGAUCUGCGGGACCUGGUCAUUAGGCUAGGAGGCGCCAUUCUUUGGCUUAGCGGACAGGCGGAAACGCAAGACCAAGGCGCCUUCCGAGUGGCCGCGGCGUUGGAUGACGGCUCUGCGCUGCGCCGCUUUCAGUUGAUGCUUUCGGCUCAGGGCGUGGACCCCGGCCUAGCUAGAGCAUUGUGCUCCGGGAGCCCCACGCAACGCCGGCAGCUGCUGCCUCACGCCCGAGAGCAAGAGGAGCUGCUUGCACCCGCAGACGGUCCUCAGUGUUCACCCUCUCCCUUAGGCACUGUGGAGUGCGUCCGAGCGCUGCCGCUGGCUCGUGUGCUGCACGAGCUCGGAGCCGGACGCAGCCGAGCGGGGCAGCCGAUCAGACCGGGAGUCGGUGCCGAGCUACUGGUCGACGUGGGUCAAUGGUUGUCCCGCGGGACACCCUGGCUCCGCGUGCAUCUGGACGGCCCUACACUCUGCAGCCAGCAUCGCCGCACUCUCCUGGAGGCGCUCGUGCUGUCAGAUCGAGCACCCUUCAAGGUCCCUUCACCCUUCGCUGAGCUUGUCCUCCCACCGACCACCGCCCAGCCCUAAAUCUCGAACCCA